AUGCCUUCAACAUUGGAGAGAGGGGUAGGUUUUGAUGAAAACAACAAUACUGUUCUUGAUAAGCUGCAAGAUGCAAUUGGAAGGGGUCAAAACCCUAUGUCAGUUUUUCCUUCAUCCGCGGUAGAGCCUGAGAUUUUAACGGUAUCAGAUUCUGCUGUUGGAAUAUCAGGGUCUAGUGCCAAAUAUACUCAUGAUAGAUUUCCGUCAAACAUCAGAACUGAAGAGCAAGAAGAAAAGAGGAAACAGAUUCUUGCAACCGUUAGUAAUGCCUUUGAGUACUCUGGAAGGCAUACUCCAAGCAAGGAUCCUUUAGCAGACAAUCUUACUCCACAAGAGAGAGCUGCUGAAAGGGACCUUAUGGUACUGGACAUUCAGGUUAAGCUGCAGGGUUUAUGGCUGCGGCUUCUUAAAUUGGAAACUACAGAUGAUCCUCUCUCAUCCUUUGAAUAUGGAACAAUACUUGCUUUGAUUGAAUCUGAUGCAGAGGGAAUUGGUGGUAGUGGAUUUGUUGAAUGUAUAAGGGAGCAUAUGCAUUCGGGUUGGCACUGUCAGCUCACCGAGGAACAGUUUAUUGCAGUGAAAGAGUUGCUCAAAACAGCUAUCAAUCGUGCAACAUCACGAAGUGACUGGUUGACCAUUAGAGAUGCUCUUGAAGUUUCUUCUGAUAUGUAUAAGAAAGACAAUAAUAAUGUGCCAGACUAUGUCCAACGUCAUCUUAUUUCUCUAUCUAUUUGGGAGGAGCUACGGUUUUGGGAAGGAUAUUUUGACCAUUUAAUGGAGCAAGCUCCAAAUGAGUCAGCCAACUAUGCAUCUCUGGCGACUGCACAGCUUGUUGUGUUGGCUUCACACAUGGCUGGGCUAGGACUUCCUGACUAUGAUGCUUGGUACAUGAUCGAAACAAUUGCAGAGAGGAACAAUGUCGGAUCCAAACAAUUUAUAAAAAUCAGAGGAUUCUUAUCUCAUAUCCAACAACUACGUAAUGGGUACUGGGGAUUCACCUCAAUGAAGGCACAGUCUUCCCUAUCACUUGCAUUGACAUCCCCACAUUCAAAAAACGCCAAAGAUGAGGAUCAGCAACCAACUGAGGGAACCGGUGUUGGUAGAAGCUGGGUGCAUAGUAUGUUCAGCCGAAGUACAACAUCUAGAUCCAGCUCAUUUAGUCGUGUUCGUAGAUGGACGUCUGAUGGAGGCAAUUCAGCCACCAAUGAGAAUGGGACUCCUCGCAAACAAGAUUCAUCAAUUGGGGGGCAGAAGAAGCUUCAAACAAAUGUUCGCAUGCUUAGGGGUCAUAAUGGUGCCAUUACUGCUCUCCACUGUGUUACAAAGAGAGAAGUGUGGGAUUUGGUGGGUGACCGUGAAGAUGCUGGUUUCUUUAUUAGUGGAAGUACAGAUUGCUCAAUUAAGAUAUGGGACCCAAGUCUUCGUGGUUCUGAACUCAGGGCAACUUUAAAAGGGCAUACGAGGACUGUCCGUGCCAUAAGUUCAGACAGGGGGAAAGUGGUGUCAGGUUCUGAUGAUCAGUCUGUUUUGGUUUGGGAUAAGCAGACAACUCAACUUUUAGAAGAGCUUAAAGGCCAUGAUGGACCGGUCAGCUGUGUACGCACGCUCUCUGGUGAGCGUGUGCUAACUGCAUCCCAGCAGUUCCUCGUCAGAAUUGGAUAUCUCUGAAGCAUCAAGAUGAUG